AACAAACUAAAUAUAGUCCUUUAUCGUUCUCUGAUAAAGUAUUCACCCUAGCUUGCACCGGCCAUCUUGGAGCGUAACCGCCGCGUUCCCCCGCCGCACGCCAGUCGCUCGCCGCGCGCCCGCCCGUGUGUACGAUUCAUCCACGACCGACGCAAACAUUAUCCAUGACCAUGCAGUUUGAAUAUGACCCUGAACGCCUCAUUGAGGAGGUUAGAAAGCGACCUGGCAUAUGGGACUACGGGGACUCGGAGUACCGAGCGAAAAACAUGAGAUACAGAUUGUGGAAUGAAAUUGUCACCGAAUUGAUGUCUUCAGAUGUGAAGGUUACUAAGAGUGAAAUGAGGGAACUCGAAAUUCAACUGCAAAAGAAAUGGAAGAGCAUUCGUGACUGUUUUCAAAAGUACAUUUCAAAUCCAAAUCGGACAAAAAAGCCUUACAUAUACUCUAAACAGCUACAAUUCCUAUUAAAGGACCAAGAGAUGCCACGUAAAGAAGAUCCCGAUGCAUCGAGCGACUCAGAGGAAUCUAAAACCACAAAGAAAAAGAGAGUAUGGAAAUAUAAGAAGAGGUUUAAACUAGUUAAGAAUGAGGAAACGUCGGAGGACGAUAACAGUAACAAUAAUACAUUCGAUGUUGCUCUAGAUGAUUCUAGGGAUUAUUCCAAUGAUGGCAUUGAGACUACGCGACCGGCUAAAGUGGCUAAGAUAAGCAAACCACCGAUAGAUGAGUUUGCGUUCGCUAGUGUCGAUACACAAAUCAAAACAGAUCCGGACGACUGUGAUAAGAUGUUCCUACUAUCUCUUCUUCCACACCUCAAGACAAUCCCUGAGGAAUUUAGACUGAACGUCAAAAUGGAACUGAUGCAGGUGUUGAAGAACGCGAAUUAUAAUACAGAGCGAGAGCACAAAUUGAUAUAAGUGAUUUAGAUGAUAGCAGAGUAGAUAUAAUCUCAAUAUUAACCGAAUUGUUAAUUAGAAUGUAGUAUUUGGAUAAGCAAGCAUAAGACUAAUUAUAAGUUACAUUCCAAAUAUAUUUAUUAGAAUUAAAGUUUAUUGUGAUACGUA